AUCAAUCCUUAUUCCUUCCGGUCAUCCCAGCACACAUCAACGAGCAGGUCUCGAUUCGGUUCAUUCAAUUCGUUCCAGUCGUUAGCCAAUUUAUUGCUCUUGAGCUGCAGCGGAUUCUUUAAGCCACAUUCACUCUUUCCCAUUCAGUCGUUGCCCACAUCUUCUAGUUCAAAAUGCACUUCACUUCAUUCCUCGCUGUCCUCCCUCUCGUAGGUCUUGCCGUUGCCCAACAGAACUUGGUUGUCAAAGUCGGUGAUGCCGGUGCGCUGACCUUCACACCACCUAGCAUCACUAUCAAUGACGGCGACAGUGUCUCCUUCCAGUUCUUGUCCAAGAACCACACUGUCACCCAGUCCACCUUCGCAAGUCCAUGCUCGCCCAUGACCAACGCCGAUGGCACACCCGGAAUCGACUCCGGUUUCCAAUUCGUCGACCCCGCUGCCACCCAGGUCCAACAGUUCACAUUCACCGUGAACAACGCGACUGCUCCUCUCUGGUUCUACUGCCGUCAGAAGACUCCUGCUGACCACUGUACCGCCGGAAUGGUCUUCGCCAUCAACCCCACUGCCGAGAAGUCUUUCGACGCCUUCCAGGCCGCUGCGAAGGCCUCCGCAAGUAACACUACCGCAACAUCUGCUAGUGCCGGUGCUACUGGUGCUACAUCUGCACCAGGCGGUACCGCCGCUACUGGUGCUACAUCAGCCGGCGGUGCGACAUCAACUGACUCUGCCUUAUCACCCAGUGCGACGACUACCAGCGAUGCAGGAUCAGCCAAGGCUGGCAGUGCUGCUGGUCUUUUGGUUGCUGGUAUUGCCCUCGUUGCGGGUUCAUUGCUAUGAGCGGCUUCGAUCAUGAUGUGAUGAUGGACUUUGGGUGUUAAAAGAUCAUUGGGUUUAUCAUCUGAGGAUAUGAAUGUCUUUUUCUUUUUGUUUGGGCUCACUGCAGUGCUGUGCUUUGCUGUUUUUCAUACUUUUUCCAUUUUUUUUCUUUCUGUAUGCCGGUAUCUUGACGGAACUGCGCAGUCGCUGGAAUGCAAAUCCUUGACCGGAAUCAUU